CCUCGCGCUCCCCCCCGCGCGCCCCCGCCUCCCCCUCCCCGCUGCAUGUGACGGUGUGACAUGUGCGAGCCGUGACUCGUGACGUGGUGUAACGCGGCGCGGUGACGACGGGGUGACGGCGCGGCGUCGUCAGUAUGUCCUCCUGUUUCGUCAACACGCCCGUCGAGUCGGAGGACCUCACCAGGAUUCCUCACGCCGAGCGCUUCAGCCGUCCCAAGACCGCCAGCUACGGGAAGAAGAACGGCGUCUGGUACGCGUCGGGCGGAGCGGGUGGAGCCUCCGGACCGGGGGCGGGGAUCGGGUCAGCGGCGGCCGCGGGCGGCGGGGGCGGCGGCUGGGGGCGGCCGCACGCCUCGCUGUCCAGGAAGUCCAGCGUGCUGGAGGCGGAGCCGCUCGGCGGCCCCGCGGGGGCCAAACCCUCCUCAGGGAGAGUCAUCAGGAUCAUCCACGGCGACAACCACAACAUCCAGUGCCGAGUGCUGCUCAACCUGAGGACGUCGCAGCCGUUCGAGGAGGUGGUCGAGGACCUCGGCCAGGUGCUCAAGAUGAACAACGCCAAGAAAAUGCAGACCGUGCACGGGCAGGAGGUGCGGAGCUUCUCGCAGCUGCGCAACGAGUUCGCCGACGUGGACACGUUCUACCUGAUGACCGAGUCCAUGCGGCAGGCCGUGUCCGGCCCGUCGUCCCCGGUGCGCCGCUCCCGGUCGCGCGCCGCCUCCACGCACGCGCACCCCAUCAUGGACGACCGGGACGACCGCCCCGCCAACACCCGGCGGCGCGCGCGCUCCAAGAGCCGGCCGCGUGUCCUGUACGCCGACCCGGAGCCCAUCAGAGACUACGCCGUGCUGGACCUGAUGAAGGAGGAGCCGGUGCGCGUGACGAUCCGCGGGCUGCGGAGGACCUUCUACCCGCCGCUGCACCACGCGCCGCUCGACAACUCGCCGCCGGACAAGCGGCUGCAGCUCAACUGGGUGUUCGGCUACCGCGGCGUGGACGCGCGACGCAACCUCUGGGUGCUGCCCACGGGCGAGAUCAUGUACUACGUGGCCGCGGUGGCCGUGCUGUACGACCGGGACGAGGACGCACAGCGCCACUACGUCGGCCACACCGAGGACAUCAUGUGCAUGGACCUGCACCCGUCGCGCGAGAUGGUGGCCUCCGGGCAGCGCGCGGGCCGCAGCCGCAAGACGCAGGCGCACAUCCGCAUCUGGAGCACCGAGACGCUACUCACGCUCUACGUGUUCGGCAUGGGCGAGCUCGACGCGGGCGUGUCCGCCGUCGCCUUCUCGCAGCUGAACGGCGGCAGCUACGUCUUGGCCGUGGACGCCGGUCGCGAGCGCAUCCUCUCCGUGUGGCAGUGGCAGUGGGGCCACCUGCUCGGUAAAGUGGCGACCCUGCACGACGAUGUGUCCGGCGCAGCCUUCCACCCGCUGGACGACAACCUGCUCAUCACGCACGGCAAGGGCCACCUCACCUUCUGGACGCGCAGGAAGGACGGCUUCUUCGAGCGCACCGACAUCAUCAAGCCGCCCUCCCGGACGCACGUCACGGCGCUGCAGUUCGAGCAGGACGGCGACGUGGUCACGGCCGACGCGGACGGCUUCAUCACGGUGUACUCGGUGGACGCCGACGGCGCCUACUUUGUGCGCCUCGAGUUUGAGGCCCACAACAAGGGCGUGAGCUCGCUCGUCAUGCUCUCGGAGGGCACGCUGCUGUCCGGCGGCGAGAAGGACCGGCGCAUCAUCGCGUGGGACUCGCUGCAGAACUACAAGAAGAUCACUGAGACCAAGCUGGCUGAGUCGGCGGGCGGGGUGCGGUCGCUGUACCCGCAGCGGCCGGGCCGCAACGACGGCAACAUCUACGUGGGCACGACGCGCAACAACAUCCUCGAGGGGUCGCUGCAGCGCCGCUUCAACCAGGUGGUGUUUGGCCACUGCCGCCAGCUGUGGGGGCUGGCCGUGCACCCGGACGAGGAGAUGUUCGCGACGGGCGGCCACGACAAGCACGUGGCCCUCUGGCGGAAGCACAAGCUCGUCUGGUGCACGCAGGUGCCCUACGAGGUGGUGUCGCUCAGCUUCCACCCGUUCGGCAUGGCGCUGGCCGUCGGCUCCACGGAGGGCCACCUGAUCGUGCUCAACGCGGAGACCAGCGCCACCGUGGCCUCGGUGCGCGUGUGCGGCUCGCCGCUGUCGUGCCUCGCCUACAACCCGGCCGGGGACGUGAUCGCCGUCGGCUCGCAGAACGGCUCCGUGUACCUGUUCCGCGUGUCGCGCGACGGCUACUCGUACAAGCGCGCGCACAAGAUCCGCGGCUCGCAGCCGCUCACACAGCUCGACUGGAGCACGGACGGCGGCUUCUUGCAGACGGCCACCGAGGAGUACGACCUCACCUUCUGGGACGUGAAGGCUCUGUCGGCCGAGAAGAGUCCCGUGGCCAUGAAGGACGUCAAGUGGUACACGCAGACGUGCUGUGUGGGCUACACCGUGGCGGGCAUUUGGAACAACAGGUACUACCCCAUGACCUCCCUCAUCGUCUCGGCCAACCGCUCGGCGGCGCACGACCUGCUCAUCAGCGGCGACUCGGACGGCUACCUCCGCCUCUUCAGGUACCCAUGCCUGAGCGCCAAGGCGGAGUACAACGAGGAGAAGGUGUACAGCCUGCAGGUGGCCUGCGGCCGCUUCCUCUACAACGACCGCCUCGUCGCCACGGUGGGCGGCACCGACGCCACCCUCAUGCUGUGGGACGUCGUGGACGACUAAAAAAACCUCACUGCCAGCGUCAAGUCGCACUGACGUUCUUCUUGUUUCGUUGCGCUUCCGCCCCCGGCCCGGCAGCGGUCGCGUGGGUGGGAAAGGGUUCAGAUUGUUGUCAGCUGAGUCGCAAAGUUGCGAGGGCCUUCCCCGACUGGCGAUGUGGAUACCGAGGGGUCUGCUGCCGUCGGAAAACAAAUGGUCGAUGGGGAAGGCGGACAUUGGGGAAUGUGCUGGACUGAAUUCGGUACCAGAGGACGAAUGAGGAAAGAGUGACAAUGAUCUAGUUAUUACUAAUCUACGAGUUACCGAAAAUUUGAAAACUGGUAAAAUUGUAAGAGCAAUGACUAGUGAAGUAUUUGUUGGAAUGUCUCUGAUUGCAGAGUUUUAAGGAGAUAGGUUUUUGAGUUUGAACCAUACUAAUUUCUCCCUUCUGUUUUCCCGUAUAGUGGUGCUAGCUGUCUUAAUUAUUAUGAACUUAUUAUUCAUACAUAAAUUGUGCCACCGUUUCAAAUAGCAUGACCUCAAAAUGUAUGAUUGUAAGAAGAUAAUGAUGCAAACUUACUCACUAAAAGUUAUGUUUAAAAUUUAACUACAGCAAGAAUGUUUGCUUCCAAUAUUCUAUGCCAAAAGUAAUAACACUUUGCAAGGAAAACAGCACAAGGGAAGUAAUCUCCUAUGCUUUGAAAGUGAUGCAAAUGCACCAUUUGGGCUGUAAACAGUCAAUUUGUCAAUUCUUAUUAUUAGUGUUUUCAAUUUCCACUGAUAAAUAAUGAUGUGUCCCUUUCAAUCCCUCUAAAGUUUCUCUUGAGCUAAUUUCUUGUUAUAGAGCAAUAAUUAUUGAAACACAUUUUGUUUUUAAAAGUGGUAGAUGUUCUAAAAAUUAAUUUAACUUGGAAGAGUCUUCUUCAGAAAACUGAACAUUAUUAUAUUCCUCUUAACCACUCAUCAAUUAAGUUUUUGGAAGCUUGUUUGCACAAAUGACAUAGUAAAAAUCUUCCAUUCAGUUCCUUUCAAAGUGGCAUGAAUUGGACAAUGUAACACAAAACACAUUCACAUUGAGUAAAUUGAAUACAUUGAGAAAAUAAAUAUUACUAAAUGGUGAACUUCCAAAAUAUUUCAGCAACCCUUUUUACAACAGCAAACGUUUUGGUUAAUGAUUGCUGGUCAUGUAUUUGUUUUUGGAACUGUCAUGUAAUAAAAUUACCUUACUUUUCUAGCUAUUUGCACUUUCAUUACCAUACGUAAUUAAGAUAUUUUAUACAGGCGAUAUGCUCAAGGUAGAUGAUGUAGAUUGCUGAAGAAGUAAGAAUGGCCGACUUCAGUCAUAUAGGUCAUUUGUCCAUUGACAAUUGUUUAUUUUCUAUGAAUUCUGAAUUGGAUAAGAAAUAAAAAGCUUUAUAUGUAAAGAAUA